UUCCGCCUUCAGAUUUGGAUCUUCUACUGUGACAAUGAUGUGUGUUCUGGGUGCGUGAGCAGGAACAGCGCGAGGUUUUUGUGGAAAACGGUGCCGCAGGAGGUGAAGGACGCUCAUCCGGAGCUGGGCGCCAUCUGGAAGAUUGGCCAGUGCCUCUGGAACCGUGACUACGCUGGUAUCUAUACUUCCGCACAGGCGUUCGAGUGGGGGCCUGAAAUCGCGGAUUUUGUGUCCGCCUUCCUAGAAAGCUACAGAAAGAGGAUAUUUGAGCUGUUGACUUCUGCAUAUACCACAAUCAGCAUUGCAGAUGUGGCUCACUUCAUGGGGAUGAGCGAGGAGGAUGCUACUAACUAUGCCGUGCAAAACGGUUGGAGUCUGGAUGUGGCAAUCAAGAUGCUUACUGUCAGAAAACAGAAGCCCCAGACGAACCAGAAGCUUGAUCCGAACAAACUACAGCGUUUGACUGAAUGUGUUUUCCACCUGGAGCACUGAUGCCCUCGGUUCCUGGCAGCCCCUCGUGUUUUUCUGCUUUUAAGGCACCUAUUAAUCGUACAUGGUGGUAGCUUAAUACUGUGUGGCUAGAUUGUGUUUUGGCUGGAACGGAGAGAUCGCUCUGUACUGAAUAUGCGUCUUCUGGUUGAGCGAGCUUGCCAUUUCUGUCUCGUUUGGUUGUUAACAAGGGAGUGUGUGAAUCACAAGUUAAGCGAGUGAUUACUGUGCGUAUGUUGAAUCUAUUAGUAAGUGAUGUGAAGUUUGAAAUUA